AUGAUCGCCUUUCUGUUGAGGAUGCUCACCGUCGUCUUGUUUUCCAAGCUUUUGGUAUCAGCCAUGCCGAAAGAUGAAUGCUUCACCACAGCUGAUUGUAUGCCCGGUCAACUUUGUACGAUAGCUUUUGGACAUAAUGUCUGCUACGAUUUUCCGUUGUUCAUGGGCCGACGAAAGCGAUCGACGAUUCCUGAAGAGAAAGCUCGAUGCAAAGAUGGGAUUUGCGAGUCUCAGCCUCCUUGUCGUGAUCGAAUUUGCAAUGCUGCCGACCCACAGGCCCCU